CAAUUCUAAUAGAUGGCCCUUGAUGAUAGACCCACAAGGACAGGCAAAUAAAUGGAUCAAAAACAUGGAAAAACAAAAUAAUUUACACACAGUCAAACUGAGUGACAGAGAUUUUGUAAGAAGUCUGGAAAACUGCAUUCAGUUUGGUACACCUGUCUUAUUAGAAGGAAUACAGGAAGAGUUAGACCCUCUCUUGGAGCCUUUGUUGCUAAAACAAGUUUUCAAGCAAGCAGGUGCAUUGUGCAUUAAACUUGGGGACUCAACAAUUGAGUACUCCAACGAUUUCAAGUUCUAUGUUACUACAGGAUUGAGGAACCCACACUAUCUUCCAGAAACAUCUGUUAAGGUAACCCUUUUGAACUUCAUGAUAACUCCCGAAGGUCUUCAAGAUCAGUUACUUGGCAUAGUUGUUGCAAAGGAAAGGCCAGAGUUGGAAGAAGAGAAAAGUGUAUUGAUUAUUCAAGGAGCCAACAAUAAAAGGCAGUUGAAAGAAAUUGAGGACAAAAUUCUGGAAAUUCUCUCUUCAUCUCAAGGAAAUAUUCUUGAAGAUGAAACUGCCAUCAAAGUUCUGUCUUCCUCAAAAAUUCUCUCUAAUGAAAUCUCAGAGAAGCAAGCAAUAGCUGAGGAAACAGAAAUCAAGAUUGACGAGGCUCGAAUGGGGUACACACCUAUUGCAGUACACAGUACUGUUCUGUUUUUUUCCAUUGCUGACUUGGCUAAUAUAGACCCGAUGUACCAGUAUUCUCUCACCUGGUUUAUCAAUUUAUUUAAUUUAUCUCUUGAACAUGCUGAAAAGUCUGAAUCAUUGGAAGAACGUUUGAACAACCUGCAUUCCCACUUCACUUACCUGCUGUACACCAGUAUUUGUCGUUCACUUUUUGAAAAAGACAAACUUCUAUUCUCAUUCUUGCUGUGCAUUAACAUCCUGAAACAUGGCAAUGAGAUCAGUGAAGAUGAGUGGCGAUUUUUCCUCACUGGUGGUGUGGGACUUGACAAUCCUUAUUCUAAGCCAGUAGACUGGAUUCCAAGUAGAGCCUGGGACGAGCUUUGCCGUAUAGAUUGUCUAAAAGAUUUUAAAGACUUGAGAGAGAGUUUUUUACCUGAUUCAAAAGAUUGGCAGAAGCUUUACGACAGUCUAGAACCUCAUCAUGAGAAACUUGCUGGAAAAUGGGAAACAAAGCUUGACAAGUUUCAAAAGCUUAUUAUUCUACGAGUUUUCAGACCUGAUAAGGUGAUACCAGCAGUGCAAGAAUUUGUGACAGUAAAAUUGGGGAAAGCUUUUAUUGAGCCUCCUCCAUUUGAUCUAUCAAAAGCCUAUGCUGACAGUAACUGCACAACACCAUUGCUGUUUGUAUUAUCUCCAGGAUCUGAUCCGAUGGCAGCUCUGCUAAAAUUUGCUGAUGACAAUAAUAUGGGAGGAGAUAAAUUUGAUUCACUAUCACUUGGUCAAGGACAAGGCCCUAUUGCCAUUAAAAUGAUUGACAAAGCAUGCAAAGAUGGUCUUUGGGUAGUGCUUCAGAACUGUCAUUUGGCAGCCUCAUGGAUGCCAACACUGGAAAAAAUUGCUUCAGAACUUUCUGAAGAUCAAACACAUCCUGACUUUCGGCUGUGGCUAACUUCGUACCCAACCAGUGUGUUUCCAGUCUCCAUCUUAAGAAAUGGUGUUAAAAUGACAAAUGAAGCACCAAAAGGACUAAGAUUCAACAUCAUCAAAUCAUAUAAAUCUGAUCCCAUUUCUGAUCAAGAGUUCUUUGGCAGUUGCAAACAGCCGAUAAACUUCAAAAGAAUGUUGUAUUCCCUCUGCUUUUUCCAUGCUUUGGUUCAAGAAAGAAAAAAGUUUGGUCCUAUUGGCUGGAACAUUCCAUAUGAGUAUAAUGACACAGAUUUGAGAAUCAGUGUGUUACAGUUACAGAUAUUUUUAAAUCAAUAUGAGGAAGUUCAGUUUGAAGCUCUAAGAUACUUAACCGGUGAAUGUAACUAUGGAGGGCGUGUAACUGAUGGAUGGGAUAGGAGAACACUGAACACAAUACUAAGUAAAUUCUACUGUCCUGAACUUCUAACUCAAGAGGAGUUCUAUUUUGAUGCAAAUAAAGAGUACAAGCUUCCACCAGAUGGAGACUAUGAGAGUUAUGUGGCCUUUACACAGACUCUACCAAUUGUGGUAUCACCAGAAGUGUUUGGUAUGCAUCCAAAUGUGGAAAUUACAAAAGAUCAAGCAGAAACUCAACUUCUUUUUGACAACAUUCUUUUAACAUUGGGAAAAGCUAGCUCUUCUGGUGGUAAGUCACCUGAUGAAGUUAUUGAUGAAGUAGCAAUGGACAUCAUUGACAGACUGCCUGCAAAUUUUGACACAGAAAUAGCUCUACGAAAAUACCCAACUUCUUAUACACAAAGUGGCUUAGUGGUGAUGUCCAGUGACAUGGAGGAAGUUGCAGCUAGUAUUCUGACAAGCAAAAUUCCAGCCACCUUUAAGAGUGUUUCAUAUCCAUCACUGAAACCACUUGGAAGCUAUAUCAAUGAUUUCCUUACACGUUUGCAGUUUCUUCAGACGUGGUAUGACAAAGGGCCUCCUUCAUCUUUCUGGCUGUCAGGUUUUUUUUUCACUCAAGCUUUCCUGACCGGAGCACAGCAAAAUUUUGCAAGAAAGUACACAAUUCCCAUUGAUCUGCUUGGGUAUGACUUUGAAGUGCUUGAAGAUAAAAAGUACACUUCACCACCAACAGAUGGUGUUUAUGUUUAUGGUUUAUUUUUGGAGGGUGCUCGAUGGGACAGAGAAGGGAAAGUCCUAAACGAAUCCUGCCCAAAAAUACUGUUUGAUACUCUUCCAAUGGUAUGGCUGAAGCCUGUGAAAAAGGCUGAGUUGCACCGAACAAAUGUUUAUGAGUGCCCCGUUUACAAAACAAGUGAAAGACGGGGGACUCUAUCCACUACUGGUCAUUCUACCAAUUUUGUCAUGUCUAUGCUGCUACCAACUAAUGAACCCCAGGAGCACUGGAUCUGUAGAGGACUUGCACUGCUGUGCCAGCUAGACAACUAA